AUGAGCAUGAUUUUUCAACUAUUAUUCUAUGGAAUUUUGGGAACUUGUCUCGUUUUAGCUCAGGUUGAUGUGAAUCAAGCAUUGAAUAAGAAUAAGCUGGAUGUCGGAACGAUAUCUGCUUCUGGUCUCAGUGAUGCUGAACUUGAGCAGACAUUCCCUCGAACGAAUAUUCAUCGAAUGAGGAAUGCUCUCAAAUCUCUUCGUCAAAAUUGGUCCAACAAGUUACAAGCAAUGCCAGCAAGGAAUUACCAAUCUGCAGGUAUCAAUCAGGAAUCAGAAAUCCCGGAACAACAAACACCACUUCGUGAGAAACCUCGUGAUAGGAUCAAAGUGGAAGGAGAUACUCUUCAUCAAGUCAAUAAGAAGGCUGGAUUGAACGAUAUUUUGUAUCAAGGGGACAUGGUGCUUACCGAUGAUCAAAUUUCUACUAUUCUGGAGUCCCAACAAGAUUCCACAGAAGCAACUCCAGCGAGAGCAAGAAGACAAGCAUAUCGUGAUCGAUAUUACCCAUCAACUACAUGGGGAACUUCAGUCUAUUACUAUUAUGAUAGAACGGCAACGUCAAAAAUUGUGAAGGCGUUCGAACAGGCAGUUGCGUUCUGGCAAAAUGUCACUUGCAUCAAUAUCAUUCAGAGCAGCACAGCUGUCAAUCGGAUCCGUGUGUUCAAAGGACAAGGAUGCUACUCAUAUGUUGGCAGAAUCAGUGGAGUUCAAGAUUUGUCACUGGGUACUGGAUGUGAAGAGUUUGGAACUGCUGCCCAUGAACUUGGCCAUGCUCUAGGAUUCUUCCACACACAAUCCAGAUACGAUAGGGACAAUUUCAUCUCUAUCAAUUAUGCAAAUAUUGAUACGUCAUCUACAAACUAUAACUAUGGAAUGCCAUACGAUUAUGGAUCAAUAAUGCAAUACGGUGCAACAAGUGCAUCUUCGAAUGACAGACCGACGAUGGUGGCAAGAGAUGCUGAAUAUCAAGAUACGAUGGGAUCAGAUUUUGUGGGAUUUUAUGAUAUUUCUAUGAUGAAUGAGCAUUAUAAAUGCAAAGAACUUUGUUCUGCUGGAACAUCGGCUCAAUGUACAAAUGGCGGUUUUCCAAGCCCACGAAACUGUGCUAUUUGUAUUUGUCCAUCUGGAUACGGAGGCAAUUUUUGUGAUCAACGACCACCUGGGUGUGGAGAUAACUUGAAUGCCACAGCAGCUUGGCAAUCUUUCACUAAUACAAUUGGAGAUGGUCUGCCAACACUUCGGGAUAACCACACAAUGUGCAAUUAUUGGGUCAGAGCUCCAGACAAUCAGUCGGUUGAGAUUCGGAUCAGUGGCUUGACUACGGUCACAAUCGAUGGAUGCAUCUUUGGAGGAAUCGAAAUAAAAUCCCACAAAGACCAAAAGUUGACAGGAUACAGAUACUGUUCAUCGGCAGAUCAAAACACUGUCCGCCGAUCCACCGGAUCUCUAGUGCCCAUAAUCCUUUUCAAUCGGUACGCGAGCACCAAAGCCGUACUCGAGUACCGGGCUGUCACUCCAUCAUCUGAAUCCACAGUUACAACAGCAACAACGUUUGCCCCUAUCGUCAGCAGUUGUCAGGAUUUGCAUCCCAACUGCGACCUUUAUAGAUAUUUCGGUCUUUGUCAAAGUAAAAUGAUUAGGAAACAAUGCCAAUUAGCUUGUCGAAAUUGUGAAAAUCAUUCUGUAUCGUCCUUCGGCACAAAUUUUGGCCCAAACAAUGUCUCUAACAAUAACUACUUUAAUAGCCAAAAUAACUUUAAUAACUGGUAUAUGAACCGAAAUAAUAACUACUACCCAUACAACUCUAACCCAUUCCCAUGGUACUUCUAA